UCUUUCGAUUUAUGUUCUUUUACUUUUCCUUCUCGAUCGAGGGAGAGAGAGGCAAUCGCCGGCGCUGAAUAGAAUUGUCAACCGACAGCUUUCGCCGAAUCAGGUUCUCCUCGAUUUGAUCGAUCUUCAUCGUUGUAGCAUCAUGCUAAUUUGAUUAGAUGAGAUUUCAGGGGAUAAGAUUCAGUUUGAAGGCAGUAAUAGUUCCUGAUGGGUAUAAAAUAUUUGCCCCUUUCGGUAGCAUCAGCGGCUGUGAGCUUUGUCGGCCUUCAAGUUUGGACAGAGUUGUCUUUGCACAGACUUAGGACAGAUGGGCUAAUCACCCAGAAUAUUUCUUUAGGGGAUUCCGAGCAUGCCCUUGAACUGCUUCUGGGUUCUUUCACAACAAUUGCAUUGCUUGCAAAUUUCGCUCUCAAUGUAUAUAUUCUUCUGGUUCUUUCUCUCAAGACUCUAUUUUUCGGAGAUUUGUAUGCCGUUGAAACUAAAAAGUUACUGGAGCGCCUUGCGAAUUACAUUAUUUACAAGGGUACCUUCCUGCCACUAGUUGUUCCACCAACAAUAUUGCAGGGGGUCCUAUGGACGGUCUGGCUGACUGUCCUGUGCACUCUAAAGAUGUUUCAAGCUUUGGCUAGAGAUCGGCUUGAGCGAUUAAAUGCAUCUCCAUCUUCUACACCUUGGACAUACUUUCGUGUGUAUUCAGUGUUGUUCCUGGUUCUCGCUGUUGAUCUCUUCUGGAUAAGGCUGUCUUUAUUGAUAUACAAUACAAAUGGCUCAUCUAUGUACCUGUUAUUACUUUAUGAGCCAUGCAGUAUAGCGUUUGAGACCAUGCAGGCACUGUUAAUUCAUGGGUUUCAGCUGCUUGAUAUGUGGAUCAACCAUGUAGCAGUCAAGAAUUCAGACUGCCAAAGAUCUAAGUUUCUUGAUUCUAUGACAGCAGGCUCACUGUUGGAAUGGAAAGGCCUCCUCAACCGAAACCUUGGUUUCUUCUUGGACAUGGCCACUUUGGUAAUGGCACUUGGCCAUUAUUUGCACAUCUGGUGGCUUCAUGGCAUGGUUUUUCAUUUGGUGGAUGCAGUUUUGUUUCUCAAUAUCCGUGCCUUGCUUAGUGCGAUUUUAAAACGUAUAAGAGGAUACAUCAAACUUAGAGUAGCUCUAGGGGCACUCCAUGCAGCACUUCCUGACGCAACUUGCGAAGAACUACGUGCAUAUGAUGAUGAUUGUGCUAUAUGCCGGGAGCCUAUGGCGAAGGCUAAAAGGCUUCACUGUAAUCACCUUUUUCAUCUUUCAUGCCUGCGAUCCUGGUUGGAUCAAGGUCUAAAUGAGGCAUACUCAUGUCCUACAUGCCGUAAGCCUCUUUUUGUUGGUAGAACUGAAAGUGAAGCAAACCCUUCCACAGGGGAAGUCUCAACUGAUGAGCAGUUAGCUCGUCAGAUUGACAGACAAAACAAUUCUGAACAUGCCAUAGCUACUGGAUUAUUUCCUACGGAGAUGCCAAAUUCUGUUGAAAGUGAUUCUUGGGGGAAUUCAGGACUGGAUCCAAGCUUGCUGCAAACAUGGUCGGGUCAUGGUGUUGAUGGAGCUGGUCCCUCCACAGCCACCGGAUCCGUGGGGCUUGGACGUGUUCAGAUGAUGAUGAGACAUCUUGCAUCAGUCGGGGAAAGUUAUGCUCAAACUGCACUUGAAGAUGCUGCUUGGGGUCUUUGGCCAGUGAAUCCUUCCCAAGCAUCAACUUCUUCUACAUCCGCUCCUCCUGGUGUCAGUGGAAGAACUGCUGGUCUGCAUCUGAGAACUGCCUCCCAUACGGUGAAUGACAACAUGGCGAAUAUACUAGCUAUGGCCGAGACAGUGAGGGAAGUCCUGCCACAUGUGCCGGAUGAAAUAAUUUUCCAGGACCUGCAGAGAACAAAUUCUGUUGCAGUUACAGUGAACAAUCUUCUCCAGAUGUGAUAAUGUUUUUUCAAGUCUCGAGCUUUUCCAUUUCAAGCUUGAUGAUUCCUAGCAUAAGAUAAAAUCGAUCACUAUCAGGUCACAACCUUCUCUUUAUGUUUUACUCGGGAACCUACUACAUCUUCUGUAUAUAGAGGCGGCUUGCCAGUCUUGCAAAGAGAAAGAAGAGGCUCUAGUACCUUUUGGUUCAUUGUUCUCUGGCGGGAAAAAAAAUACGCUCGAAGGUUCAUGCCUUGGCGGGUCGGAGAUAUCUCAUCACAGUCUCUCUCACCUUCUCGAGGGCAGUAACCAAAUAGUGCGAUAUACUUGUGGGGCUGCUACUUUCUCUUCCUGUAUAACAAUGUGUAUUUUUACAAUAAAAGAAAAGCCAAUUGAAAUUGUAUUGUUAUUGAUCCAAUCCAAUAGGUGUCUGUAGUGAUCAAAUGUGCAAACUCCUUGUGGACCUUUCUCUCUGAAAAUGUAAAAGGUGUCUCCUUUAUCGGCU